AUGGUCAGCACCUCGGAGGCUGACUGGACCGAGUACGAGUGCCCGCCCACGGACGUCGCCGCGCCAGCCGCGCGGUCCGCCCCGCGCCAGAGGCACGCCGGCGCGGUCCAGCCCCCCACCAGGGCGGUCACCUCCACCGGCGCCAAGCUCACGGAACUCGGCGACUUGCUGGUCGACUUGGAGAGCCAGAUCAUCGCGGAAGCGCAGCAGAGGACGUGGGAGCAGUGCCGCCACCACUGGAGGCAGCGCGUGCACUCCCUCGUGCCCGGCGAGGACGCCUGCCGCCGACUCUCCCUCCUCCUCCUCGGUGCGUUCGAACGCGGCCCCUCGAAACCAACAAAAAGCCAAAAACCAAAACCUCCCCUCUCCGCCUUUUCCACAAAAAGUUUGACGCGACCCGACGCCGACCGACCACCUGACGACCUGAAUCCCCGCACCCACCCGCACCCGCGAACGCGCGCAGACCUGGAGGCGUCCCUGCUCAUCGACGCGCAGCACGAGAGCUGGAUCGACACCCACCGCAGGCACUGGGUCCGACGGUGCAAGGACCUCGCGGGACUCGACGAGAACCUCGAGGACGAUACCCGAAUCCGAUCCGCUCGGGUCCUGCGCCUCGACGUCUCCCUGAGCUCGUACUCGGUCCUGGCGCUCGGGUUGUUCGGAGGGAUCAGGACGGACGCGCUGCGCAGGAUAUCUGAGGGCGGUUGGGACGCGGACGGGUGCAGGGAGUGGAACCGUCGCAUCAGGCUGAUCAUGGACGACGACGAAGAAGAACCCGAAGAACCCGAACCGACGCCCGUCCCUUCGUCCGUCCUCCGCGCGCGGGAGUUGGCGCUGGCGAGGGAAUCACUCGAAUCCCUUCGACGGUUGCCGCGCAGGGCACCCGACGCGCGGGACGAGGCGGUGGCGGCGGCGCAGCGGACGGCGACCCGGUUCGAGCGGGAUUACCUCGACGACGGCGCCGGCGGCGUCUCGGAUGGACCCCGCGAUUCCGCCGACGAGGACGACUCGUACAACGGGGACGACUCGUACGAGGACGAGGAGGAGACGACCGCGGCGGUGGCCGGGACCAACCUGACGCGCGAGAUUCUCCACGAAUCCCCGCACUACAGGCAGCUCGUCGAGCACUACAGGCGUCGCAUGGGCGAACCGGGGUACGACCCGGACGCGUCCGACGACGAGGACGACCCCAUUCGCGAUUCCCUGGUCGCCGCGACGGUCAGGGAGACUGUUGGGCUGCACGAGGGGGCGAGGCGGCGGCUCGCGGUGGGUCACGACGGCGCGCACGGCCUGGUGACCGCGACUCGGGCCAGUCGGGGCGCGGAAGCGAACGUGGCGGCGCGAGCGGCCGUCGCGGCGAGGGAGGUGUACGCCGCCGCCGGUCUCCCUUAUCCGACGCGCCCGCUGCACGAGGGUUUGGGGUUCAGGGAGGCUCACAGGUUCGCGGGGGUCCCUUACCCGGCGGACAUCUUCCCGACGGGCGUCGCCGAUGCCGCGCGCUCCGAGGACGACCGCGCGGGACGGCUUCUCGCCAGGCGCCUCGUCGAGCGCGAGCGACUGGUGCGAGCGACGGGCGACUUCGACGCAGCCGGCGGCGAGGACGGCGACGACGACGACAACGCGACGGUCGCGCCUUCGCCGCCUUCCCUCACGCCCGCGCCGAUCGACGAGGCGGGGGUUAGGGAUAUGGACGAGCGCGACUUGCGCGCCGCGCUGAUGGACACCGCGCGUCGGCUCGAGGCGGCGCAGGACGAGCUCCUCUGCCAGAUUUGCUUCACCGAACGUCGCGACGCGCUGAUCAUGCCGUGCCUCCACCUGCUGUACUGCCGGAGCUGCGUGGACAGGUCGAGCGAGGCGAACGAGCGGCGGGGUCUGCCGGACAGGUGCCCGUGCUGUCGCGCGAGCGUCGGGGGCGUGUUGCGGUGCAAGAGGCUGUGA